CCUCGGAGGCGCCAACCAAAAUGGCGGCGGCGGCGGCGGCGGCGGCCGGGGGUGGCGGUGGCCGCGGCAGCCCCUCCAUCGCCGCCGCGGCUGCCCCCCUCUCGCUCGCGCCGCCCCCGGACCGCUUCUCGCUGCUGGUGGUCUUCGGCGCCGGGGGCGGCCGGCCCGGGCUGCGCAGGGCGGUGCUGGCGGCCGUCAGAGCCGGGAUCCGUUCUUGGGAUAUCAACCUUGCUGCCUGCAACCUUGACCAGCAGCUCAAGCUCUUCGUCUCCCGCCACUCUGCGACUUUUUCGGAUAUAGUGAAAGGCCAGCGUGCCCUCCACCAUCGUGGCGAUGUUCUGGAGACGUUAGUUUUGCUGAACCCUUCAGACAAAUCCAUCUGUGAUGAGCUCCGUAACCUGAUCACUGACCCUUCACGGCACAAACUGCUGAUCUUUGCUGGGCCCUGCAUAGAGGAAACGGGGGAACUGGUGCUGCAGAUGGGCUCCUUCUCCUUGCGGGACUUCAUCCAGAUCUUUGCCGAUAAAGAGGUUGGGGAGUUACUCAGCUCUGCUGACCCCUCUGCCAAAGCCAGUUUGACCGUAAUCUGCCCAGACUUCGGGGAAUGGAAGGAUUCCCAACUGAGCCAGCAAAACCUCUUGGAUUUCAUUGAUCUGUGCUUCAAUCCUGGUUGUGUGCUGCCAGAAAUGGAGGGCUUACAGGAAUUCAUUGAGUACCUUUCGGAGUCCCUGGACCCCCUGUCUCCUUUUGACCUCCUGGAGCCACCCAGCACAGUUGGCUUCCUGAAGCUCUCCAAGCCUUGCUGCUAUAUCUUCCCUGGGGGGCGAGGUGACUCUGCUUUCUUUGCAGUCAAUGGCUUCAACAUCCUGGUGAAUGGGGGGUCCAACCCCAGGUCAUCCUUCUGGAAACUGGUGCGCCACCUAGAUCGUGUUGACUCCAUCUUGGUGACCCAUGUGGGGACUGAUAGUCUGCCUGGAGUGAACAGUCUGCUCCAGCGGAAGCUUGCUGAAAUGGAGGAAGACCCUUCCUCCCAGAGCCCUCAAAUUGAUGAUUGGGUGAAGAACCUCAUCUCACCAGAACUGGGGGUAGUGUUCCUCAAUGCCUCAGAGAAGCUGAAGGACAUAGAAGGGGAUUCUGGAGUCUUAAAGAGUUGUGAUGAGGCCAGCUUGACUCUACAGUACCUAGACAAAUUGGGCAUUAAGCCCAACCCGCUUUUCAGGGAAGUUGGUCCUAAGACAGAGCCCACCAUCCUCUUUCAGAAAAUGGGUGUUGGGCGGCUGGAAAUGUAUGUGCUUAACCCAGUGAAAGGCAGCAAGGAGCUAGAAUUCUUGAUGCAGCAGUGGUGUGGGAAUGGGCACCCCAAAGAGCUGGAGUUGCCCCUACAGUGUGUGACCUCCAUCUGUGCACUCCUGAUUUGGCAUCCUGUGAGCCCCACAGAGAAGAUAGUUCGGGUCUUAUUCCCAGGCUGCACACCCCAGGCCAAGAUCUUAGAAGGACUGGAGAAAGUCAGACAUUUGGAGUUCCUCAAGUACCCUGUUGUCACUCAGAAGGACAUGGAUUCUUCUUCCAUCUCUCAAGCCAAGCACAAGAGGACAGAGAGUCAGGAGAGCCUCAGAUCAGGUUCUAGGCUGAGCCUUACAGAAUCAGGCCUGCCUGUUUCCAAGGAGAAGAGGGAGCCAAAGCUGGCCAGUGUCAGAGACCGACCCAAGGCACCCAGUGAAACCUCAAAGGGCAGUGUUGAGGAGGAGAGGUCCAAAGGGUCCCAGCUGAAGAUGGAGCCCUCUGCAGAGAAGGCCAAACAGGAUGCACGGCCUAAACAGUUGAAGGAGAAGCCAGUGGCCAAGAAAGAUGUGAAGAAGCUGGUUUUGAAGGAAGAUACUACUCAGGAGAAGGACAUUGCAAAGAAAGAGGGAAAGAUGUAUCUUCCCAGAAGAGAGCCAACAAAAAGAGAGGAGACCAAGAAGGAUGCGAAGUGGGAGGACAAGGCAUCAAAGCAGCCUGCAAGAGACUUGCGCAGAACUCCAAGUGCAGAGGUGAAAAGGCCCCUGUCCAAAAUGGGCAGCUUCAGAAAGACCAUUCCUUCUCUAAAAAAGGACAUGGACAGGCCAAAGAACAAGUUGCCGAAGGAAGCCUCGAGUAAGUUGCCAAGCAGCACCAAAGGAGGCCUCGUGGAUGGAUCUAAGCCAUCGUUGUCAUCAUCAGAGAACGAUACACAGGAGAAGCUGCGCGGGUCCUCCCGACAGGCGGUAAUGGCAGGAGAGGUGAUUGGUGAAGCCACAACCACAGCAGAGAGUGAGUUGGUGCCUUCACCGUUGGACAGUUUGGACUGCCAAGGAAACGGGUUGGAACCCGCCCAGAAUGGCUUGGGCACAGAGGCAGGCCCAGAGAGCCCUCAACUGUUUCGGCGUCUGGAAGCUGGCUCUCCUUUAAAAUGGAUUGGACCCCCAUCUCCACUGGUCAAGACUCCCAAGAGCGAUCAGAGCAUCAACUUUGAACUGACUCCUACAGACCUUCAGGCCAGGCUCAGCCACUGCCCAGAUACGGAGGAAGCUUGUGGCAGCUCUGAAGACAAGACCCUUGAGAUGAUGUCCCCGGCCAGUGCGGGUCACACCCCAUCCCACCAGUCUCCCAUUGAAGAUGUUGCUAUGGCGGAGGAGCCGGCAGCCGUCCUCAACCCCUGGAGGCCUGAGGGCUCUGGCCCCGGUCCCCGAGCCUCGCACGACAACUCCAGCUCUUCCCAGGAGAAGCAUUCCGGGUGCCUCUCUCCAAGCCUCUUUCGUGACGACAUCCACGAUGUGUCCCCCACUCUCACCACUCCCUCGCUGCCGGCCGAAGUGGGCUCCCCCCAUUCCACAGAGGUGGAUGAGUCGCUCUCUAUCUCCUUCGAGCAACUCUUGCCACCAGUGAGCGAGUUUCCCCAGGAAGAAGGAGAGCACGUGCAGGCUGGGGGGCUCACCCCAGAUCUCGAACCUGCACUGGGGAAAAGCGGGAUGUCCCUGCCCAUCCUCUCCCGUCACCCCCAGCAGCUGGAUGGCCACGCCUCGCCCCGGUCUGGCUGGCGAUCGGACUCUCCCCACGACGUGGAUCUCUGCCUGGUGUCCCCUUGCGAGUUCGAGCACCCCAAGUCUGAUAGAUCACCGUCGGCCAACUUCAGUCCCCGGGACACGUCCAACAGCAGCGACCUCUCCCAGGAGCUGGCCAAGCCCUCGUCGCACAGGAAGGGCCCUCGCGGCCGCCGGUCCUUCCCACUUGUGGAUGAGACUCCUCCGACUUCCUUCAGCGAGUCGCUCCCCACCCUCUCGGACUCCGACGUCCCACCUGCUAUGGAGGAGUGUCCUUCUCUCAUGGCCGGUGGCGGGCUGGACUCAGACGACGAUUCGGAGAGCCUGGCUCAGGCCCACGAUCCACUCCCGGCUGCCCUGAAAGACCCUUGCCCUCUCCCUGCCCAGCCGGGGAUCUGCAUGGUGGACCCAGAGAGGGAAGGUGCAGCCAGAGCCAAGCGAACGCCAACACGGGGCAGCUCCGCCCCUCCCAAGCCGGACGCCCCCAAAGCUACUGCUCCAAAUGCCCGGGCAAAGCCGUCUUCAGCUAGUGUGGGGGAGAGGGCCCGGCUGCCAGCCCCUGGCAGAAGUGACCCACUGGCAUCUCGGGCCAGUGGGGAUAAUCGAAUGCCCUUCAGUCAGCGGAAUGCGAGCAUCAGGCCUCCCCUGGGGGCUGGAAGAACCUCUCCGGCAGGCACCCGGUCCAGCCUGCUGCGCUCCCCAGUGUACCUGGAGCUGGCCUACAUUCCUGGCGCCACCAGUGCCCAGAAAGUGGAUGAGGACUUCUUCCGGUAUGUCCGUUCCCAGUGCUACGUCAUCAGCGGCGAAGACCACAUCAAGGAGAGCGUCAUGAGGGGCAUCCUGGAUGCCCUGCUGUCGGGGAAGCAGCAUUGGGCUCACGACACUCAGGUGACCCUCAUCCCGACCUUUGACUCGCUGGUCAUGCACGAAUGGUACACGGAGACCCUGGAGCGGCAGCAGGAGCUGGGGGUCACCGUCCUCGGGAGCAACAGCACUGUGGCCAUGCAGGAUGAGACCUUCCCAGCGUGCAAAGUGGAGUUCUGAGCCCGGGUGCUUCGGGCCAGGCGCUGAGGCCGGGGAAGGCCCCGGGCCGUCCUUUCUCCCCUCCUCGGGCUCACGGGCCAGCUGCUGGUGAAAGAAGAGGGGUCUCCUCCCAAAGUUGUGUUUCUCGCCAAAAGAGCCUUCUCCCAUCCUGGGCCUGGGGGCGGAAGGGCGACCCCUGCGGCGUGUUCCGCGUCCCUUCAAGAAAUAGCAUCCACUGUUUCUCUGGUUUGUUUGCAUGUUCACCGCCACAGCUUCUCCCCCAGCCGAGUGUAGAAAAGAAGGGAAGAGUGGAGGGGGGUGGGGGGUCACACUUUCCUGCAAGGCAGCCCAGCGAGGGGCACAGCCCAGGGUCUCUCGGCAGCCCCGGCCUCUCCCGUCCCCCAGAGCCCACGGCCACUGCUGGGACUUGGGUCCCCGGGGAGGGGCUGCUGAGCUCACCCCGCCCAAGGGAGAGGGCAGCAUCGCUCUCCCCCAAAAACACCACCAGUGACAACGGGCUGUGGGGCUGGGAGGGGCUGGCAGAGGGUUGCGGUUCCCUGGCUGCCUUUCUUGCAGGCUCUUGGAUGGCGUCCCUGCACCAGCCUUGCGGGAGGGUGACGCGGACCCUGUUUCUCCUCCCUUCCCUCUGCGGUUGGGGGCUACGCUGUUUCCAGGAAGAGGCCCAGCCGUUUCACAUUGCCCGGUGCGUUUUGCCUCCUCUUGGCACACGGUUCUUUUGAGAUGCCAAGCAAGGGCGUCUUUCCAGGCCCCCCCGCCCAUCCCUUGUUCCUCCCCCGCUUGCUGGGAGACAGCACUCCACACGAGCCAGGGGGCCACAGUAGCCCCUUCGGGCCUGCCCUGGGCAGCCGGACCACGGGCUGACGCCGUGCUUUGGGGUCCCAGCCCCUCUAAAUGUGCGGGGAGCGGCCUUGGGCCUGGCUCUCUCCCAGGGAGGCCAAGGGUCAAACAUGCCCAUUCACGGGCGGCCCCGCCUCUUCAGCCCCACAAUCCAGAUUUCUUCUACCUCUUUAUGUUCAAAACCUUGGAGGAUUGGGCAGUUUUCCUGGAGGCUUAAUCUGCAAAAGCCGAAAUCCAGCAGAUGGCACCCACUGGGCCCUUCUGCAGCUCUGGAAACUCCCCUCCUCCCUUUAAAGUUUGAAGGAAAGUUGGGGGGAAAAGCCCCCCACAAUGUGACACUAAAUCUUUCAUUUUCUAAGGAAGGAAAACGUGUUUUUUUAAAUGUGUUUUAUAUUUUUUUCUAAAAAACCACCAAAACUGUUAUCAUAUGAAAGGUUUAUAAUUUAUAGGAUUGCCUCCUGUGCAGUGCCCAGCGAAGUUGCACAUGGAAGAGGUUGGGUGUGCCACCCGAGCUCUGCCUGGCCCUUUGCUUGUCCACCCCCCCACCCCCCUUCCUCCUGUCUCUGGGAUCAGCCUUGUCUUUUGUAUUGGCAUGAUGUGUGUUUAGAAAAGGUAUUUUGGGGAGGGGGGAAUGUUUUCACCACCUUGAUACUUAAGCUUAGCAAAUGAGGACGGGGAAGGGGGCAGAGGGCUGGCUCACCACCCGGGGGUCUUCCUCUUCCUGGCCUGAUCUGACCCCCUUCUCUUGAGUCUCUUUCUCCCAACUGUAGGAAAAACAGGUUGUGGUUGUUGUAGCCAUUACACAGUUAACACAGUUAACCCUGUGAUACACAACGUUACGUGUGCACACACACAAACGCACACCCGUGUUGAACUCUUAAACCAUUAAAGAAGUAUGUAGCUGAACAA